AUGGGUCGGCUCGACCGGAGUGAUACCACGGCCUCACAGAAGACCGACGUGAAACAACCACAGCGUUGUGUUUCGCCGUAAGAAGACUGCUGCACUAAUAACCAGAUCUUCAAGAGUGAGUUGGAAGUGAAAGUGGAACCAGAAGACGGUUGCCCUCCUGAAGAACCUAAUCCAGUCGAUAACCAGAAUCUUGUCAACGAUGAUGGAAACCAGGUCCCUGAUGUCAAUGUGGAUGUUGGAAACCAGAUCCAGGAUCUGGAUGGCGAUAUGGAUGACUUAUAUCAACCUGAUGAGGAUAUUGUCUUUUUAGUCCGUGUUACGGCAAACGAGCAGACGGAUUACCUGAUGAUCACAACUGAUAAUGGUCACAGAAAUCUUAUCUGUGAGGAGUGUGUCUCUAAGCUCCGAGAUGCUGAAGCAUUUAAGAUGAGGAUUCUGGAUAUACAGGAGGCAAUGAGAAAAAGCGUUGGAUGGGAAUGUAUUGCCGCAGAUUUAAGUAAAAAAUUUGAAGAUAAUAAUAAUGCGAUAUAUGAUUGCAAUCUGGAUUUGAGUGAUACUGUUGAAGAUAGUGACUUCCAUUGGGAAAACUUUACUGAUACUGAAAAAGGGCAAAAUCAUUUAGUAAUCUCAUUAAAUCAAGAUAAGUUCGAUUCAAAAGCAAUACAAAUAAAAAUGUUUCAAGAAACAAGUAAUGUCAUCAAAAAUACCACUAACGAUAUUGGCUUCAGCAAAAAUGACGGUCUUAAAAGCUCUAACAAUUUAAAAUUAAAAACGAAAAGAAGCGUUAAAAAUUCAAAUGUAACGGUUUCAAAAGAAAAUUUACAAAUACCCACGGAAAAUGAUGAUUCAAAAAACCAUCUAACUGAUGCUUUAAUCAAUGAUGAAGACUAUAGUAAUGAUACUUACGCCAAAUUAAUUGAUUUAGAAGAUGAUGAUUACGAUUUUGAAGAUAUUAAAGAUUCUGACAGCAGAAUUAUCAAGAAGAAAAGUUGUGCAGGCUGCUAUCCCACUAGACGUUUUACGGGCGUUGACUUCAACGUCGCGUUUGCGCAGCAUCUAGGCCGCGUCGUUGCGUGGCAAGCAAUAACGUCCUCUGGACGCGAAGUCAACGUCGCGUUUGUUGGCAACAGGUACAUUCACGCCGUCCUGCUCUAUCAAAUUAUAGUCUUUGGCAUACACUCGGUGGCAACAAAGGUGACCUUGCGCAACGACGUUGCGAAAACACGUCGUUAA